AUGGGUAGCCAACUUGGGAUGCCUUAUCCUUACGUAUUUUCUCCUACUCAACCACCUGUCAUACAUUCGAAUGAAUCAAGAAGGGCAACUAUUGAUCCAUCUAUCAGCGACAAAGAAUCUCUAACACCAUCAUUUGUUCCUGCAACUCAGUUGCCACCACACUCAUCACAAGAGGAGCGUGAAUUAUGGGCAACUAUAAGCACUGAUGCAAUCAUUGGUAAUGACCAGAAGGAUCAAGCUUUUUGGAAACGUAUAGCUGAUUACUACAACAAACAUCGCCCCACUGGCUCUAUGACGAGAAGUUAUCAGCGGCUGAAAUCACAUUAUUAUAGGUUUGCACCAAUGGUAAAUGAAUUUUCUGUAACUUAUAUUAAUUUUUAUACUCAUCGGCAAAGCGGUUGGAGUGACGAGAAUGUGUUGGAGAAUGCAUUGAAUAUGUGGAAAGCCAACAACAAAGGCAAGGAUUUUAAGUAUAUACAUGUGUGGAGGGUUCUCAAACAAUAUGAGAAAUAUACUCCACAAUCAGUUGCUCAUUACUCUAACAAGAAGGCAAGGACAUCCGAAUCAGGGGUAAACACUUCAACAUCAAAUCCAGAUACAAGUGUCGAUUUAGAUGACUCUGAAGUCCGCAUUCGUCCUAUAGGGCAAAAGACAGUGAAGAGAAAGGGCAAAUCUAAAGCCAGAGAGAGUGACACAAUGGAAUAUAGCAUCGACAAAGAAUGA